AGAGAUCUACAGCACAGAGAUCCAGACAUGACACCUACAAUCAUCUCAAAGGAGCAGCUCCCUCUCAACAACAAGCUGAGAAAGCCAAGGGUGGAGAAGAUGCGCAGAGAUCGAAUCAACAGCAGCAUCGAGCAGCUCAAGUGUCUUCUGGCUCCAGAGUUCCUCAAGCAGCAGCCUGAUACCAAGCUGGAGAAAGCAGAUAUCCUGGAGAUGACACUCAACUUCUUCAGGAUCAACAGGAGGGAAAGUGUCCUGCCAGACCAGAACACCUUCAGCAAAGAGAUGAAUGUCAACAAGAGCUCCAUCUGGAGGCCUUGGUAGAGCCUUAAAGACUGAACGUCUGCACUAGACUCAGUGGACUAUUACACUUUCAUUUUGUCAUUCUGAAAAGAAAGUGUUUAAUGAGUUCCAGUUUGGAAGAGAUAUUUGUACUGCUAA